AUGAAAACUCAAUGUAGAGCGAGGAGAGAGGAAUCAUAUCUCUUUCUUCCGUUAGUCUAUAUUUACGGUUUUUACGAAAUUGUUACACACAAUUAUUUGGACUUGUGUUCCAGACCAAAAAAAAAGCAAGAAAUGACGAGCCCAGUCAUAAUUUCGGCCACGACUAAGCACACAGCAACGUUAAUAUUUUUCCAUGGAUUGGGCGAUACAGGACAUGGGUGGGCUAGUUCAAUGGGCGCUAUACGAUCCCCUCACAUCAAAGUUAUUUGUCCUACUGCACCUACAAUGCCAGUGACACUUAAUACAGGGUUUAGAAUGCCUUCUUGGUUUGAUCUUCGAUCUCUGGACUCUAGUGCCCCAGAGGAUGAAGAAGGUAUACGUAAAGCUGCUGAAACAGUUCACUCGUUAAUAGCAGAAGAGGUUGCUGCUGGGAUACCUACUACACGCAUCGUUCUUGGAGGAUUUAGUCAAGGUGGAGCACUAGCUAUGUACAGUGCCCUUACAUUCCCAGAGCCUUUAGCUGGUAUCAUAGCUUUAUCUGCAUGGCUUCCUUUACGUCAAAAAUUUCCAGCGGAAGCAAUAGGCAAUAAAAACACUCCAUUGUUACAAUGUCACGGCGACUGUGAUCCAAUAGUGCCAUAUAGAUGGGGUCAAAUGACAGCAUCUCUUCUGAAACAAUUCAUGACACAGGCAGAAUUUAAAACUUACAGAGGAAUGAUGCAUACGUCUUCCGAGGAGGAAAUGCGUGAUGUAAAGAAAUUCAUCGAGAAGGUAUUGAAGCCGUAAUAGAUCGAAUGAAACAUGCAUUGAUAUUUUAAUGGCUACCUUCUAAUUGUAGCAUCUAAUUGUACAUUAUACUGAAAUUAUUCCAAUUUUGCAAUUAUUUAAAUUUACAUAAGUUACAUGAACUUCAAAGACAUUAAGUAGAAAAUGAUUAAAAAUCUUCCGAGAUAUGAGAAAGAUGCAGUACUAUAUAAGAAAAAAAAUACGUUUUAGAGAGAUAUACUUAUUUACGAUCUCUAUAAUUUAUAUCUAUAUAUUCAAAUAUCAAUAAUCUAGUAUACCAAAGCGUUCAUGUAGCAAUAUUACAAAUUAACCCAUGUGGUUCUUAAUCUUUUUAGAAUGCAUCUAAAAUUUAUAAAACUUUUUAUUUUAAAAAUUAUUUUAAAAUUUUUUAUAUAUAUAUAUAUAUAUAUAUAUAUUUAUGACAUCUACACACACGCACACAUAUAUACACACACACACACACAUAUACAAAGUGAGGCAUCUAAAACUAUUGGCGAUAGAAAAAAAUGCAUCAGAUCAAUUUUGCACCUACAAAAAACUAUUGAUAUCAGAUUAUGUUCUUCUUAAAAUCAAGUAAAAUUGAUCUGAUCCAUUUUUUUCUAUCACUAAAAGCAGUUGAAUUAUUCAGAUGGUUUGUUUUAGAUGCCUCACCCUGUAUAUGUCAAUACAAAUAUAAAAAUAUUUAUUUAUAAGAUCCACAUUGACAUAAUAUAUCAUUGAAAGAUAAUAAUACAAAAAUGAUUAAUGUUUUAUUCAUUUUUAGUCUGCGAGAAUAGCAAUUAAUUUACACAUAACUUUGUGUUAGAUUUAAAAUAACAUUUAAGUUAGACUAGAGAGGCAAAGAGCUUUUUGUAUCAGCUUUUUUGUCGAAACUUCCAUUCUUCUGCGCCUAUAUGUUCAGAUAAACCUUGUUUGAAUACAAACAAAAUACGUCCAAAAAGCACUUAAAUAAUUCAUGUAUUUGGAGCAGUUGUGAACAUUCUGCAUUUAAAUUUCUAUUUCGCGUGCGAUUUAAAAAUGAAAUGCUAAGGAAUAAUUUUUGUAGUUUGUAUUAUCUAGAAGAUAGCGACACAAAAGUGUAGUCUGUGAUUACACAUUGUAUUGUCAAAACCUAUCAAUUUAUACCUAAUAUAUAUAAAUCAGGAUUCCCUAAACUAGCGCAAUUUGAUCUAAAUCUUUAAAAAAUAUAUAAAUUAUGAACAAUUGAGUAAUAUUUGCAAAAAUUUGCAUAGUUUCAGAAAUAUAUUAUUUCAAUAUACAUAUUAUUAUUAUUAUAUACAUAUUAUUAUAUAUGCUUAUGAUUUAAUUAUGUUGUAGUUAUGAUGAAGCAAUUAUAACUUCUUAAAAAAAUAGCAAGAUCGAUUUUAGAUUGUGAACUAAUUUAAGUUUGGGAAAUCCUGUGAUACGUACUCCUAGUAAAUAUGGUAUUAAUACAUUACACAAAAUUAUAUGCUAAUGUAUAUAAAAUUAUAACAUUUUCGGCUGAUUUUGUUAUUGGUACUAACAUACACUCCACUAGACAAAUAAUAAGUAAAUAAAGAACAAUAAGCUCCAAAUAUUUUUCAUGAGCUUUCUUUAGAAAUAUACUUUAUAUAGUUAGCGGCAAAUAGAGCAUUAGUUUGUAAGUUGUGUAACAUUUCAUCUACAUAAAUAAAGUGUAUAAAUUUCUUCCUUAA